GCCGCCUCGGCGGGGGGACCGCGACCGGGCCGGGGUCCCGGGGGCAGGGGCUCGAGUUCCCCGUGAGCGUCCCCGGGGCCGGGGCCGGGGCCAUGAACGGCUUCAGCACCGAGGAGGACAGCCGGGAAGGGCCCCCAGCCCCGGCCCCGGCCCCCGCGCCCGCCGCUGCGCCCGCGCCCGCCCCCGGCUACGGCCAGAGCUGCUGCCUGAUCGAGGACGGGGAGCGCUGCGUCCGGCCUGCCGGCAACGCCUCCUUCAGCAAGAGGAUCCAGAAGAGCAUCUCGCAGAAGAAACUCCGGCUGGACAUCGACAAAAGCGUAAGACAUCUGUAUAUCUGUGAUUUUCACAAAAAUUUCAUCCAGAGCGUACGAAAUAAAAGGAAGAGAAAGACCAGUGAUGAUGGUGGAGAUUCUCCUGAGCAUGAAACAGACAUCCCUGAGGUUGAUUUGUACCAGUUGCAAGUGAAUACAUUGAGGCGCUACAAAAGGCAUUACAAGUUGCAGACCAGACCAGGAUUCAACAAGGCACAGCUAGCAGAAACUGUCAGCCGUCACUUCCGGAACAUCCCAGUGAAUGAGAAAGAGACCCUUGCUUAUUUCAUCUAUAUGGUGAAGAGUAACAAGAGUAGACUGGAUCAGAAAGCAGAGAGUAACAAGCAACUGGAAUGAUGAAGAGUUCGACUGUCAAGAAAUUAAGUAUAAUACUUAAAAGACUGGUGAUACCUGGUACAUUUGUACCAAUGAAGACUGUUAAAUUCUACUGUAAAUUUAAGGGAAAAAAAGUAUGAAUGAUGGAAGAAUUCAAUUUUCAGUUCAGUUCAACGAAGAUUCAUUAAGCGCCUACUAAAUAUGUAAGGCCUUUUGUGGCCAGGAGUAGUGUAUUCUAUUGCUUCCAUGUGUGUAUAGAAAGACUUUCUUUUAAGACUGGAUUGAGAAAUAAGAGUCAAGCACUCUUACAUGACUGUGGCAGGCUAUGAUGCAGCAGAUUACAGCAUUAAAUCAUUUCUUCUGGAAAUGUGGGAUCUAAUAGGUUAUAAAUCAAACAAUUCAAUAACUUCCCUUGAGCCAGAUGGCCAUUGUGUUGGGACCUAGCCAUAGAUACCAGGGAAGCAGCAGUUGAGGAUUAAGGUAUAUGGGCAGAAGGAUGUAUGUAACUUCAUGUAACCUGCCCAGGGCCCAGAAGUCCCCCAUUUUUCACCAGCUUUGCAGUUCACUGGAGUCAGCCAACACAUCCUUCUGAACCCAUUGAAAAUCUGUUUCCACACUACCAACACAGUGCCUUGCCUGGAGUAGGCACUCAGCUAAAGAUCUGUUGGUUCAUUAAGCACCAAAAAUACCAAAUGUGAACAGCUGCCACAGAUCUCUUCUGUUGGAUUGGUGGGAAAGAUUAGUGUCAUGCUUCAGGUAGGAGUUGGUGGAUGACCAUCCCAGGUCCCUUCCCAACUCUAAGAUUCUGUGACCUUAUUUUGGAGAGAGUGAAAGGAAUAGAAGUAUUUGGUGCAAGUGUGUAUGUGUGAGCAUGAGAGAGUGAGGGAGCGAGUGAGAGUGUGAAUGGGGGGAGGGAGGGUGUUGGGAUGAUUCAAGCCAAAUUAGGAUUUCAGGGCAGUUGUAUUUGUUGAGCAAUGUUGCAGUUCUAGAAAUAUUGACAGGAAAACCCUUACAACUGGUGUUGCUAUCCCUGAUAGGCACACAGCUAUUUUUGCUGAAGCUAGGAGAUAGGACCUAUCCACCUUCCUUUCUUUAAGAGCAAAUUCAUUGGCCAAACAGGAGAUACCUUCAAAAUCACCGAGAAUGGUGAUAUGAUCGUUUCCACUCAAAACAAAAUCAGUUGAGGAACAGAAAAUGUUUGGGUUUUGGUGUUCAUGCAGCAUUAUCAGGCUUCCAAAGGCGUCUACAAUAGAGCUUAUCAUACCAGUGACCCGUCUUAUGUGCAGUUUGCUUCUCCUGGAUUGAUAAAAUCAAGCCAACUAAUUUAAGCUUAGUAAUUUACCCAGUAUUUGACGUUCUAAAGGUCAGAUUCUUCCCAUAAGAUUAUAUGUCAAAGCCAAGGGUUUGUUUUUUUUUUUUUUCUUAAAGUUUUAUGUUUGAAAGUAUGCUUUUUUGCAAAUGGCUAUAAUCAGGAUGUUUGGGGGGUGGGGAGGAGAAAAGCUUGGAUUUUAAACUUACGAAUUUCUUGAUUCUUUUGUGUUUUAUGGACAGCUGCCGUGGUGUCGUAACUUGGUUUUGACACUGAGAUCUUAACCUUAAGCAGUCAAAGUAGCUUUGCCCCUAAGAUAGAAUGUUAAUACAUGUACAGCGGAGACACCAGGAGUGUAGAAGUGAGAGAAUUGUUGCUGAGUGGUUUUACAAAGUUUUGGAAGAUUCAGUGGAGCAGAACCACAUAAAUGUCAUCUACAGGUCACUCCCUACCAGGAGCACUUCUGUAACUCAAUUGCAACACGUUCCCUUAGCUGGAAAUCUUUUUACCCACAUCCAAAAUGCAUGUUCCAAAAAAAAAAAAUCCAAGCAUUUUUAAAUACUGUAAAUGAAUGUAUAUAGACUAUACUUUGGAUCUUGGGGAUCUUAUUUUAAUGUGCUUCCUACCCAAAAGAAGAGGGUGAAGUUUGCUCCCUGAGGGCUUGCAUUCAUUUCAAUUCCAUGUAUAUUUAUUCAUAAGAAUGGGUCACAAUUGUAUUAGUGCUUUGCAAUAUACAAAGCAUCUUCCUCACAACAAAACUAGGAAGUAACUAGAGCAAGAAUUAUCUGUAUUUUACAGAGAAGAAAACUGGAGGUGAGUGACUUGUCCAAGUCACCUGGGUGACUAGUCCAUUAGUAGUAAAGUGAGGACUCAAACCAGGGUCUUCCAAGUUGCAAGUGUAGCACUCUCCUUCCUACACUGUGCUGCUUCUAGCCAAAGGAUUGUUGGGGUAGGCAUUGUGAAAGACCAAAAGAGCCCACACUGCUGGAUAACGUGUACUUCUUUCUUAAUGAGAUUGAACCUUUUCCAAGAGACUGCUUCAAACCCUGAUAGACCCUAUCAGAACUCUCAGUACUGUCCCUCUCAUUCAUUACCUAAAGGAGAUUAUGUUCCCUCCAGGCGAUAGUUGAUGGGGUGGUUGGGGGGGCGCUAUGGAUUAAAGCAGUAUUUGAAUGCCCUCUGUGAAAAUGUUGGUAUUUCAAAGAAUAAAAUAUCUCUCUAACUCUCAGACUAAAA